AUGUCUAUUUCACCAAGUCUCUCUCCGAGAAUGUGCCCAGAUCAUUAUGCCUUUCGUGCGGGUCGGAACUUACCCGAAAAGCAUUUUCACUACCUUAUGACCGUUAUAGUUAUGACCACUGUUCACCGGGGCUUCGGUCGUCGGCUCCCCUGUCAUCAGGUCACCAAGUUCCUAGACCAUCUGACAAUGGGCAUGCGUCACCCCCAUACAUGGGCUUACGACUUUGCGGAGACAUGUGUUUUUGGUAAACAGUCGCCCGGGCCUGGUCACUGCGACCCCCUUUUUGAAGAGGCACCCCUUCUCCCAAAGUUACUCGGCUAUUUUGUCGAGUUCCUUAGAGAGAGUUGUCUCCUACCCCUUGGUAUUCUCUACCUACCCACCCGUGUCAGUUUCGGGUACAAGUACCCUUUUGUUGAAGGUUGUUCGAGCUUUUAG